ACAGAUGUCUCUGCACGCGUAGAGCCAUCUCACCCGUCACGACAGAGCAGCCUGCCCCUGUGUGAAGCGGCGAGGCGCGGACACAGAGAGGAAAGCGGAAAGGGACAAGAGACAGAGAGAGAGAGAGAGAGGGAGAGACACACACACAAAGAGAGAGGUAGAGAGGAGAAGGGGAGGGAGGCAGAGCGAGAGAAAGAAGAGGUGAGGAGCGCAUACAUCGCUGCCACUCUGACGUCUCCCCUUCAUGCGCCUGUUUCAGCUGGUGUGAGCGCAAGCAGAGGAGAGAAGGAAAGGGAGGUCCUCUCUGUCCUCUCUUUGCUUUCGAUUCCCUCCUCUUUUUUUCCCUUUUUUCUUUUUUUUUUUUUUUUUUUAAUCUCCAUCAAUCCAAGGCAUGAAGGCAUGAAGGCGGGUGUCAGCUGGCACGGCAGAAUAAAAGGAAAGGGAUGCUGUGAAAGCCGCCUCUCUUUCGACAAGGGACAAGGAAGAGGAAGUGGGGGACAACACACGGCGGGGACAAAAACAGGAUUUCUAGAAUGAAUGGGAGUCCUUCUGCCGCAUGCGCUGGGAAUAGCAGUCUCACACUGAAGUCUCUGAACGAGGGGCCAGCCCUGAGGACGUGAAGCUGCUGGGAGAGUUCGGGUGUCACCGGCGACACGGGCUUCAACCACCCUCGAUUGCAAACAUCUCCACUCUCUCCAGACGGCGGCAAUUAAGACUGGUGGCAGCAUCUGACGGCGCCGACGCCAGGAGGAAAAGGAGUACACUGGAGGAGGGGCCUGCGCUUGCAGCAGACGGGCAGAGGACUGCUUGUCAGGGCCUGCAGUUGCCUGUCUGCGUGAGUAGACACGGCGGAGGAAGAGGAAAAGGAAAAAAUGGUCGGCUUGUGACGUCAUGGACGAUGUCGCCGCUACGUAGCUCGACAAGUGUGCGGUGUGGUCUUCCCAACUGCGCAUCACUAGUGGUGCCAUGAUCCAGUUUUAACUGUGGGUAAUGCCGAGCCAAAUAACCAAUCCUGGAGAUGCCGAAGAGAAGAGAUAUUCUUGCCAUCGUGUUGAUAGUGUUACCCUGGACUCUGCUCAUCACUGUUUGGCACCAAAGCGCUAUCGCUCCACUCCUCGCCAUCCGCAAGGCCUGUCACCACCUAGUAAAAGAGAUCUUUAUCAUUCCAGAGAGGCUUGCAGUCCGCCACCACCGGCUCUCAGAUGACGGCGUUGAGGGCAAGAGGGAGGCUGGUGGCCAGGCGCAGGACUCCAAGGAAUACUGUGCCUCAGAUAAGGACAUUGUGGAGGUGGUGAGGACAGAGUAUGUGUACACGCGACCUCCGCCCUGGUCCGAUGUGCUGCCCACCAUCCACAUCAUCACCCCAACAUACAGUCGGCCAGUGCAGAAGGCGGAACUCACCCGGCUUGCAAACACCUUCCUCCACGUUCCCAACCUGCACUGGAUCCUGGUGGAGGACUCGCAACGGAGGACGCCUCUUGUCACGCGGCUCCUCCGAGAAACAGGGCUGAACUACACCCACCUCAAUGUAGAGACGCCCAGGAACUAUAAGCUGCGGGGCGACACCCGCGACCCCAGAAUCCCCAGGGGGACCAUGCAAAGGAAUCUUGCCCUGCGGUGGCUGAGGGAGACCUUCAACGCCAACAGCAGCCAAGCUGGAAUCGUCUACUUUGCGGAUGAUGACAACACGUACAGCCUGGAGCUGUUUGAGGAGAUGAGAUCGACUCGGAAAGUUUCAGUGUGGCCCGUGGCCUUCGUGGGCGGCUUGCGGUACGAGUCCCCCAAGGUCAACGCUGCCGGAAAGGUCUACGGCUGGAAGACGGUGUUCGACCCCCAUCGGCCCUUUGCCAUCGACAUGGCGGGCUUCGCCAUCAACCUGAGGCUCAUCCUCUUCAAGCCACAGGCGUACUUUAAGCUUCGCGGGGUGAAGGGAGGCUACCAGGAGAGUAGUUUGCUCCGAGAACUUGUCACACUCAACGACCUGGAGCCUAAAGCAGCCAAUUGCACUAAGAUACUUGUUUGGCACACGAGAACGGAGAAACCAGUCCUUGUAAACGAGGGGAAAAAAGGAUUCACAGACCCCAAUGUGGAGAUCUGACCGUUUCCCCUCAGACCACGGUGAUUGGACCUGCGGAGGAAGGAAACGGCCGAGUCUCUUGAUAAGUGCAGCCGGCGCUCAUGUCUUAAUCACCAGGAAAAAAAAAAAAAGGAAACGGGGAGCCUUUGAAAGGGGGAUUUAAUCCUCUUGACUGAGUCUGACAUUUUUAAAACAUGGACUAAAGCAGUACAAAUGUAUCAUAUUAAAGCACAGAUAAGUGAGAGGCGGCCGUUGUUUUUGUCAGAAGCGAGGAGGAGACGACGUAAAAAGGACGCCUCGCAGGGUCAGUCCGGACAGAUGUGACCUGCACCUUCGCGGCCCGUUGAGGACAACCUGACAACUAAGAGACAGCACAAUAUGAAAAAAAAAAAAAAAAAAAAAA